AUGGCCUCUCGAGCGAGCCUGCUGCUGCUCCUCCUCUCCGCCUCCUCUGCCGCCACCCUCGGCGUCGCGUCGGGCGGCGUCGCUCGCGACGCGCUCUUCACGGAGCUCGACCGGCUCCCAGUCUUUGUGCUCGCCAACGCCGGCCGACAGCCGCUGCAGUACACGCGAGACGGGGUCGACCUCGCCCUCUUCUACGAGGACCCACGCGACGCCGAGGCUGCGCUGGUUGAGGCAGUCGACUCGUACCCCACGCUCGGCCUCCGGCUGCAGCCGACAGGGCUCGGAGGCGCACUCCGCCUCGCCCUCGACGGCGGACGCGCGGUGCUCGUGCCGGGCGGGGCCAACCUCGCUGCGGCCAAGGCGCUGCCUCCGAUCCUCGCUAGCGGCGCAGAGGCUUGGGGCGCGGUGGGCACGCUGCCGCUCUUCGGGUGCCGCGCGCUGCGGAAGCCGCUCGACGACGAGCCGGGGGCGCUGGACGCGCGGGAGGCACUCGCCGCCGCCGCAGGGACGGACGACCCCGCUUCGCGCGGGCUCCUGCUGGAAGCUUGCGCGCUUAGCAGCCUCGCUGAGCAGCUGGUCGCAGGACGAGUUGACGGCCCUUUCCUGUUCGUGCCGUCGCGCCGCGCCGCUCGGUUCUGCGCCGAGCUGCAAAGCGGCGGCUCCACCGCCGCUGUGCCGCCGACAGGAAGUCUCGUGGCGGAGGGCGCUCGCCCGUGAACAGGGGCUCUGACCGUCCGCAAUUUCUGGUGAUAGGGAGCAGAGCUGGGGGCGCCGCGCGCCGUUCGCUCACGUCCUUGUACGGCAGCGGCGGUGGAGGCGCUGGGCUCUUUCCGAGCUAGCCUCACCAGGCCGCACCGCGCCGCAGAUUCCUCUCUCGCCGUCUGGGCCACACAAUCCAGCCACCUACACUCACCGAUGGGGUUGGUACAAGAGUUGCCGUUUCGCCCUUCUCGCGUAAUUUUUGGGGUCAGAAACAGAAUUUUGGUAUAGACCGUA